CAAGGCAACGUGUACUCAAUAACAUAACCAGCUAUAGUGAUUGAAAAAUGAAGUUCAAAAUUUAUCAAACCAAAGAACCCAAUUCAAAGGAGGCUAUAGCUGCGAUAGGAUGGUGCAACAAUGAGGAAAUUUACAGCUGCAGCGAUGACCAUCAGCUGUACAAAUGGACCACAACAAACAGGAACUUGAUUCAGGUGGCUAAACUACCGGAUGACUUCAGUCCCUCAGAUUUGCAUUGGUUGUUACCGAAGGGUGCCGUCGUGACGGGUUCGGGUGGUUCUGGUGGUAAAGGCAGUGAUACUUUAUUAAUUUGUAGUGCUGAUGGUAGAUUUAUAAUUUUGAAUAAGAGUGCCCGGGUGGAAAGAAACGUCACAGCACACAAUGGUACUAUAGUUUCUGGACGAUGGAGUCCUGACGGCUCCGGUUUGCUGACUGCAGGGGAAGAUGGUAUCAUCAAAAUUUGGUCUCGUUCGGGAAUGCUACGUUCAACGGUAGUGCAACAUGAAGGACAAAUUCGAUGCGCGCGCUGGUCACCAAAUGCAUCAGCUAUUCUCUACUGUCAGGGACCGUUCGUUGCUGUUAAACCACUUGCAGCCAACAGUAAGCUAACAAAGUGGAGAGCUCACGAAGGAUUGGUUUUGUGCAUUGCGUGGUCCAAUAAUACGGAUACAAUAGCGUCUGGGGGAGAGGAUUGUCGAUAUAAAAUUUGGGAUUCUCAAGGUGCCAACCUAUACACGAGUGUCAGUGAUGAUUAUGCGAUCACUUCACUCGAUUUCAGUCCCGAUGGGGAACUGCUGGCUGUGGGAGGCUUUAACAUGCUGAAACUUUGUCACUAUUCUGGGUGGAGUCACAGCAUCAAUCGUUUCAAUCAGGAAGUUAUUGGAUCGUUAUUCAAUUUAACUUGGUCAUCGGAUGGAACUCAGGUGACCGCUGGAACGAGCACCGGAAUAAUUAUUUUUGGUCAUAUAAUCGAACGUGAACUGCGCAAUCGUAAUUUAAAGGCUUUAACCAGUGGUCGGAAGACUAUUUUGCUACAGGAUAUUGUAGCUAGGACCACGGAUACUUUAGAUUUCUCGGAACGAAUUAUAAAAUGGGAACUUGGAUACGGUCACCUGGUUGUGGCCACUACUAUGCAAGUUCACAUUUUCAAUGAAAAUUAUAUCAACACUCCUAUCAUCAUUGAUGGACGAACAGAUAUAAAGAUCAUCAUUUUGGGGAAAAAAAACUUUAUACUUGUUGACAACACGUCCUUAUGGAUAUACACUUACACCGGCCGCUUACAUCUGAAUCCUCGCUUUCCGGCAUCACAGUCGCAGAUUCCCCAUCUCAAUCGUCACUGUAUUUCUCUUGGACUGGACACGCUUGCAAUACGAGAUCAUUCAGAUCAAUCGAUAAUUCAUGUAUUUGAUCUAUUACCUGGUGCCAGUAGACAGGAAGAUGCUUAUACUAUACAUAACAAAUCUCAUCUCGUGGAAGUAGCCGUUUGUCAUGCGGGCAAUCCUGAUGAUCAAUAUUUGGUCUUCAUCGAUGUAAACCGUGACCUGUUCAUAACAUGCGUACAAGGUGGUCCAGACUUCGUAAUUCAUAAGAUUGGAACACAAUUGUGUACUGUGAUGUGGUCCAGUGACUCCAAUAUUCUGGUUGGACUACACGACUCUUGCUAUAGUGUUUGGUAUUGCCCGGGUGAAGCAUGUACAGAUCCAACCUUGAUCGCACUCACAACGUUGACAUUCGAUACGGCCGAGUUCGGUAAAAAUAUAGCUCUGGAGAAUUUCGAAGGGACGAAUGUGACGCUACGAAGCUCCGGAGCAAUCUUCACAAUUUCGGUGAAAACAUAUUGUGUUAUUUUGCACAAACUUUUCGUUGAAAAUGCAUGGGAACGGGCGUUGAAAUUGUGUCGUUUAGUACAAAAUCAAAUUUUGUGGGCCACAUUAGCAGCGAUGGCAUCAAAAAGAAACCAACUUGAUAUUAGUAAAGAAGCAUUUUCGGCUUGUCUGCAAAUCGACAAGGUAAACUAUUUGAGUUAUAUAAAGGAUCUUCAACCGAGUGGCGCAGAACAAAUGGCUGAGAAUUCAAUAAUGAAUGGAAGGAUUCAGGAGGCGGAAGUCAUAUUGCUAAGCAAUAACAAAGUAUCGGAAGCCAUAUCAUUUUGCUUAAGAAUGCAUCGCUGGAGUCGAGCCCUAGAUAUUGCACAGAAGAAUAAAACGAGCUUGGAAACGGUAUUACAAGAAAGAAAAAAAUAUCUUCUUGCCCUAGGUAGGGAAGAGCAUGAUCCGAAUUUUUUGAAACUACAAUAA